AUGAAUCCUUACCCUACUAGUGCCACUUCCUCCGCCACAUCUGCAAGGAGGCAAUAUCGAUACCAGACCAGAGCCUCCUCCUCUCAGGUGGAUGAAAGUCUGUUUGGAAGCACCAGAAAGAGGGCCUCACAGUCAGCCUGCAAGGUGAAGGAAGUCAAGGAAGUGCCAGUGCAGAAGCAAACCAUUCAAAUUGUCACCAAAGACCUAAUUCGCAAUCUCAGGGUUCCAUGCAGAGAUCCUUCAGGACAGUCCAUCAUUCUAACAUCAGCUGACUUCAAGCAGAUCACCUCAAGAUCCAAGUAUCUUUCCAAGGAGGAGGAGGAGGCUUUGAAAGUGGCCAGUCAGAGGAGGAAAGAAGAAGAGAUGAAAGCUGCCGAGGAAAGGAAGCGAGAGAUGUUAGAGGCGGACAUGUCCCGUCAGGAGAAGGAGGCUUUGAGCGAAGUGGAGGUGGAGGCUCACGACCGUGUGCAGCGUUUGUUAGAGGGCGCCAACGCCCUGAGGAUGGAGCAGGAGGAGGAGAUUAGAGAACUCAACAAGUUGAUUCUCGGUGCCCAGUGCCAAGCCACGCGUGACGCACAGAUCCAGGAGAAGAGACAGAUACAGCUGGAGAUGCUGGAGGAGCAGAAGCGUCUGGAUGCCAUGAUGGAAGUAGAACGUCGCAGGCUUCUGGAAAAGAUGGAGCAGAUAGAAGAGCAGCACAAGCAAGAGAGGAUCUGCGGGAAGCAGCAAAUCUUUGAGCAGAUCCAGCAGCGUCUGGAGGAGAAACUGGUGCAAGAUGAGCUGAAGGAGCAGGAGAAACAUUGCGUCCGAGAGAAGCAAGCCAGAAUGAACCUGGAGGAACUAAUGGCCUUGGAGAAGAAGAGGGAGGAGCAACAGCGUCUGCAUCUGGAGGUCAUGCGGAUCAACGCCGAGACUUUGAAGGCGCAACAACAGAAGAAGGAGGAAGAGAAGCUUGCAGAUAAGAGAGAAAUGGAAUUUCUCCAAAAUAAACUGCAACGUGAGGCGGACUACGAAGCAGAACAGAGGAGGAUCAAGAAGGAGAAGGAGAUGGAGAUCGCAAGGCUGAGGGCUCAGCAGGAAAAAGCCAGGGACCACAAAGCAGACCAGGACGAGCUGCGAGCAAAAAGGAACCAAGAUAUGGCGGACAGAGAAUGGAGGAGAAAGCAGAAGGAGUUGGCUGCCAAGAAGGCACAGGAGGAGGCCACACUGAGGGCCGCUCGCUUGGAGCAGGUGCAGCGCAAAGAGCAACUCCUGUCUAUGGAGGCCGGCCGAGAGAAGGCUGAGUUUGAGAGGGUCCUCAAGGCGCAACAGGAAGCCGCCGUCAAACAGAAAGAAGACGACGAGAAGCAGCGCCGUAGCGCGCUUAGCCACGCCGAGGCCAUCAGACAACAAGUGAAGGAGAUGGAGCAGUCUGCCAUGGCCAAGCGCAAAGAGAGAUUGAAGGAGGCGGAGCAAGUGAGCAGGGAGGCCCAGCAGAGACGCAAACGCAUCAAUGAGGUCAAACAGAAAAAGCUGAAAGAGCUGAAGGCAACUGGGCUCAGUGACAAAUACUGCAGUGAAGUGGAAAGGAAGGCUUGGCUGCUUUGAUUCCCUCACAGUGCCAGUCGAGGACCACAAUGUAUCCCAUAGGGCCGGUUGUGUCCACAUUCUAAAAAUUGUGUGAAACAUCAAUACAACUACACUAAACAAGAAAAAUAAGCCAAUGAUUUGAUAGCCUGUUGGAUACGGAAAGGGCAAUUCUGUAAUUGAAAAAGACAGUGGCAGAUACCUGGAUAAUAGGGUUGGGUGGGGACAAUCAGCAAAUUUAUUUUUAAGUUAAGUCAUUUGGCUGUACAUCUAGGGGGGAAACACAUACCGCCAAAAAAACCCUCAACACAUUCUAAAGAAUCGAUAUUAAACUUAACAUGUUCCAGACACUGCGAUGAGCCAUAUCCCUGCCUUUUACCUGAGUGCAGCUGGGAAGGCUCCAUUUCCCCCCCCUACCCCGAGAAGGACAAGUGGUAGAAGAUGGAUGGAUGUUCCAGAUAAUUCCAUUACAAGAAACAAAAAAGUUACUGUAGCAGCAUAAAAUGUUUUUGGAUGUAAUAAAACAAUGUAUUGUAAAUAUAAAAUUCUAACAACACUAUAAUGUAUGAUACAAAUACCUACAAAGGUCCAUAUUAAACAUUUUGGAUGUGCUGCUUCCCCACGUGGACACAUAUGUAGCUAUUUAAAUCAAUUCUGCACGGCUGUCUAAUCCACAUUAAUUUACACACACGCGACUCCACAGAAAACAUGUUCACACUUUUUAGGUUUUAUUGAGGCUAGUAUUUCCUUUCAGUUAGGUCAUAUCCUUCUACUUUUAUUGAUGACAGGGCCCCCUCUAUUUAUGUAUUUAUUCAUAUGCAUGACAACAAAAGGAGUGAACGUAAGGUUAGGGCUAAACUUACACACACACACACACACACACACACACACACACACACACACACACACACACACACACACACACACACACACACACACACACACACACACACACACACACACACACACACACACAGUGAUCUAGGAUGAACAUGAAGGUAAAUACGGUCUUACUUCACAUGAUUCUUGACAAAUAGGUGGAUGUACUAUUUUCUUGAACCAUCUGCAUGUUCCAUCCCGCUGUUAUUCAAACAUCGUAAAAGUCUUGGAGGAGGAAACGAGAGAACAGGUUGGCGUGCGUAUGGAGGGGCGGGGUUGUGUCACCGACUACAAUGUUUCAUGUUCAACAUCUGUACACAAACCAAAAAAAGGAAAUAAAUGCAGACCUCAGCACAGUGAGGGUAAAUACACAAGUGUGGUACAUUUAGUCCUGCCCUUUCUUUUUGCACAUACACAGAUACAGUCUCACACAAGCACUGUACACGGCACAAGAGGUCACCUAAAUACACGCAGGAAGAGGAGCCAACAUCUAGCAGGGACCAGAGGGCUGCGGGGAUUAAAAUUAUUUUUCAGACCAUCAUCAUUGGGUCUCACACACACAUUCUUAUACACACUGACUCAAUCAUAAAGUGACAUACAGUUAGCUGCAAAAGUAUUUGCACAGUGAGUUUUUAUGAUUUUGCCAUAAUGGAUAGUGAACAUUUCAAAUCCAUAGUGGUGCCCAAAUACUUCUGAAUCUACCUGUACAUCU